UAAUAGACACAUUGGACUCUGACCUCACUUUAGUUUAGUGAGAGCUUUCAGAGAAAGUAAAACGAGCUUUGUAAACUAAAACUAUUAACCUCUUUAAACAACAGAGUAUUUCAAAGACCCUUGUGGACACAUCUGAUAUUCACAGGUAUGUCAUCCUUCAGUGGUCCGCUGACUGAGGAGCUUCAGUGCUCUAUAUGUCUGGAUGUGUUCACUGAUGCAGUCACUGCUCCAUGUGGACACAACUUCUGCAAGACCUGUCUGAAUAAGUACUGGGACAACAGCCAGACCUGCAACUGCCCAUACUACUCAACGGAGGAAGACACAGAAAGACGUGCAGCAGUUGAUCCAGGAAAAAAAAUCAAGAAUAUUCAAGACAUCAAACACUCAGCAGAAGUCAGAAAAGUGAGUUUAAAACAGGCCUCAUUAAAUUAUAUUCAUCUAACUAUUUAUUAAAAAUCAUUUAGUAGUGACGUUCAGUAGUAAGUCAUUUAUAAGUGAUUAUUUAAUGAUGAACUAAUCAUUUACAAAACAUAACUAUGUGUUCAUAAAUGAUUAAUAAGUGAUAUAUUAAUAUUUUGACUUAUGUUUUGUAGAUUAAGUUAUAAAUGAUUCACAAAUGAUCAGAUAAUGAUGAGCUAAUCAUUUAGAAAACAUGACUUAAGUUAUCUUAAGUUAUAAGUUAUCGUAAGUUAUCUUCAAAAAAAUAGCAUAUCAUGAAAUAAGUUACUAGUUAAUAUAUUAUUAAUCACUUAUAAAUCAUUGAAAUGUCAACAUUGUACCAUUAUCUCACAGUGUUAAAAAUAUUCCAUGUGUCAAAGAAGAUAUCUGUCUACACCCUCACCUGUCAGCCUGCGGAGAAUCCCUCCUUAACCUGUUGUGUAAACGCAUGAAUAAAUCCUUUACAAAGCUGUCUGCAUCCCAUAAUCUAAAGUGUGAGCUACUCGUCAGGUGUAAAUGUUUUACAAACCUGCCGGUUACAAGUUGUGUGUGUGUACACACUGGGGUGAAAGAUCUACGAAUGAUGAGUAAGACAUUAAAAACUGAUGAGUAGUUUACACUUUAGAUUAUGGGAUGCAGACAGCUUUGUAAAUGAUUUAUUCAUGCGUUUACACAACAGGUUAAGGAGGGAUUCUCCGCAGGGAGAUUUUAUUUUGAAGUGCAGGUGAAGGGAAAGACUAAAUGGGAUUAAGGAGUAGUCAGAGAAUCUAUUAACAGGAAGGGAGAGAUCAAACUGAGACCCAGUAAUGGAUACUGGACUGUGUGGCUGAGGAAUGGGAAUGAAUAUGCAGCUCUCUCUGAUCCUCCCGUUUCUCUGUCUCUGAGAGUGAAGCCGCAGCGACUCGGUGUGUUUGUGGAUUAUGAGGAGGGUCUGCUUUUAUAAUGUAGGGUCAGGCUAUUAUAUCUACUCUUUCACUGGUCAGUCUUUCAAUGGCAAACUCUAUCCAUUUUUUUAGCCCGUGCUCUAAUAAUGGAGGUAAGAACUCAGCCCCACUGAUCAUCACACCUGUCAAGACAAGAUGAAAAUCAUUCUUAUUUUUUCAAUGUUUUUUCGUUUUUAAAUUCUAUUAACUAUAAUUACACAUUUUAAAGGUAAAAUGUCAUGAUUCUUUUAGAAUAUUCAAUGAAUUAUUUUUUUCUCCCAUCUCCACCCAGCAAAGUGAAAUGGAUUUUCCAAUAUGAUAUUUUCCAAUAUCAUCCAAAUAUGAAGAUUCAGUUAUCAUUUACUAACAUUCAUAUACAUUUAAACCUGUAUGACUUCCUUCCUUGGAACCCAAAAGGAAACGUUUUGUGUUCAAGAAUGUUAGACAAUAGAAAUCAGAUUUUUGUCCAUGCAAUAGAAGUUAUUGGAAACCAAAAUGGACAAAUUUGACAGUUGUUUGGGGAAUUAUAUUUAUGGGGACAAUUUUUGUUUUAUUUUACUGUACUGAAAUUCUUAAUAGGUAGCCUAAUGUGCACUUUAUUUACUUUAUCAAUUUGUAAUGGUUAAGAGCAAAAUAUAAAUAUGUAUACUACAUGAUAUCAGUGUUGUAUUUUUUGACCCAUUUAAAGUUUUAUCACGUGUUGUUUCUGAAAUCCAACCUGAAUCCACACUUCUGCUGGAAUCCUGCUAAACAUUUUGAAGAACAGAUACUUGAAUGUUACUGUAGAUCCAGAUCAAAACCAAGAUUUGGAUUGUGUGAUCUAAUCUGAUUUCAGAAUAUUUUUUUUCUGCUGAUAUCUCUUCUUCAUUACCUAAUAGAAACAUCAAUCCCAAUACAAACAAACACAGAUGAAUCUAACACACCAAAUACACAGAGACACGUUUAAAUGUAUAAAUACAGGAGGAGCUCUGACAUCACUGGAGUUCAGGGAGAGAUUCAGAGAAAGUGAAACUAACUUGAUCAACAUCAAUACAGACAGCUGAAACAAUCAGCUGAAACUUCUUUAAAAAUCUGAAUAUUUCAACUAUCCUUGUGGAUCUGAUACCCACAGUGGAGAGUUGCUCAAGACUGAAUGGACUGUGUGCUCUUUGAAGAAUAAGUAACCCUUUGAGGUAUGUCAUCCUUCAGUGGUCCACUGACUGAGGAGCUUCAGUGCUCUAUAUGUCUGGAUGUGUUCACUGAUCCAGUCACUGCUCCAUGUGGACACAACUUCUGCAAGACCUGUCUGAAUAAGUACUGGGACAACAGCCAGACCUGCAACUGUCCAUACUGUAAAGAAACAUUCAACCAAAGACCUGAUCUCAAGAUUAAUAUCACGCUCCGAGAGCUUGUAGAUCGCUAUAAAGUAAAAAGUGCUGCGAAAAAUCUGCAGGACUAUAUAUGUCAGAAACAUGAGAGGCCUUUAGAGAUGUUCUGUAGAGAUGAUCAGACAUGUGUGUGCCUGAUGUGUGCUGUGAAAGAACACAAGACCCACAACACUGUUUCUUUAGAGGAGGAGAGUGAAGAAAAGAAGACUAAACUGAUGAAGACACAGAAAGACGUACAGCAGAUGAUUCAGGACAGAAUAAAUAAGAUUCAAGACAUCAAACACUCAGCAGAAGUCAGAAAAAGAAACACAGAGAAGGAGAAAGCAGCCCAUGCUGAACUCUUCACUCAUCUCAUCCGCUCCAUUGAGAAAUGUCAGACUGAAGUGCUGGAGAUGAUGGAGAAGCAGCAGAAAGCUGCAGAGAAAGAGGAGAAAGAGCUAAUUGAAGAGCUGGAGCAGGAGAUCACUGAACUAAAGAUGAGAAACACUGAGCUGGAGCAGCUCUCACACACUGAAGAUCACCUCCACCUCCUACAGAGUUACUCAUCCCUGUCCACCCCUACAAACACCAGGAACUGGUCUGAGAUCAGUGUGAAGACUCAUGAGAAUCUGGAGACUCUGAGGAGAGCUCUGACUCAACUUCAGGACACUCUAAACAGCAAACUUAUUCAAACUAUGUCAGAGCUGAGGUGGAUGCAGCAGUAUGCAGUGGAUGUGACUCUGGAUCCUGAUACAGCUCAUCCUACACUCAUCCUGUCUGAUGAUGGAAAACAAGUGAGACAUGGAGAUAUUGGGCAGAAACUCCCAGACAUCCCAAAGAGAUUUGAUUUCCUUGUAAGUGUCCUGGGAAAAGAGGGAUUCUCCUCUGGGAGAUUUUAUUUUGAGGUGCAGGUGAAGGGAAAGACUAAAUGGAAUUUAGGAGUAGUCAGAGAAUCUAUUAACAGGAAAGGAGAUAUCCAGCUGAAUCCCAGUAAUGGAUACUGGACUGUGGUUCUGAGGAAUGGGAAUGAAUAUUGGGCCUAUGGUCAUACUACAGUUUCUCUGUCUCUGAGAGUGAAGCCACAGCGGGUCGGUGUAUUUGUGGAUUAUGAAGAGGGCCUGGUCUCCUUUUAUGAUGUUGAUUCCAGCUCUCAUAUCUACUCUUUCACUGGUCAGUGUUUCGCUGACAAACUCUAUCCAUUUUUUUGCCCAUGCUUUAAUGAUGGAGGUCAAAAUUCAAUACCACUAAUCAUCACACCUCUCAAUUACAAUAAAUUAGUUGUACACCCCUAAUAUGUUUUAGAAACACUAUCAUCUCAAACUUCCUCCUUCCCAAAUUAUCUCAGCUCUCUGUGCCCACCUCCGUCUGUCAGUGGAUUACCAGCUUCUUUACAGACAGGCAGCAGCUAGUAAAGCUGGGAAAAUUCUCAUCCAGCACUUGAACCAUCAGCACUGGCGCCCCCCAGGGUUGUGUCCUCUCCCCACUGUUCUUUUGUCUCUAACCCAAUGACUGCACAUCUAAAGACCCCUCUGUCAAUCUCCUGAAGUUUGCAGACGACACCACACUCAUCUGCCUCAUUCAGGAUGGUGACGAGUCUGCUUACAGACAGGAGGUUAAAGAGCUGGCUGUCUGGUGCAGUCUCAACAACCUGGAACUAAACACGCUUAAAACUGUAGAGAUGAUUGUGGACUUCAGGAGGAACCCUCCUGCAAUCCCCCCACUCACCAUCAUGCACAGCAAUGUAACAACAGUGAAAACAUUCAGGUUCCUGGGCACCUCUCUCAGGACCUGAAGUGGGACAAUCACAUUGAGUCCAUUGUAAGAAAAAAGCUGAGGAAGUUUAACCUGCCACAGGAGCUGCUGAAACAGUUCUACUCCGCCAUCAUUGAAUCCAUCCUCUGCACUU